AUGGACUUCAGCGAAUGGGGCCAACCGAGCAAAGAAUGGCUCGCCUUCGCCACCGCCAACCCAACCCUCCUCUCACGCUCCGACGAGCACCUCCCACCGCUCAAACAACAAGAAAACGCCAACACCCUCCGGACCAACGUCGCCAAGACCCUAGUCCAGACAACCGGUUUAGGCCAUCUCGUGCACACGGAAGAUUACGUCGUACCGACGCGCGACGGACAAUCCAUCAUCCUACGCAGCUACCGGCCCGUUCUCCUCGGAACGCAGACGCUGCCGGGGUAUGUGUAUUUCCAUGGCGGCGGGUUUGUGUUUGGUGGGUUGGAUACGGAGUUGUUUAAUUGUUCGUGGAUGGCGCAUGCGCUGUCUAUUACUGUGGUGCAUGUAUGUUACCGACACACGCCGCAAUUCACGGGGCUCACUGCGUGGCAUGAUGCUGUUGAUGGGUUUGAGUGGGUUACUGCGCAUACUAAUACACUCAGUAUUGACCCGUCGCAGCUUGUGAUCGGGGGAUUGUCGGCGGGCGCUUCGCUGACGGCGCAUGUAGUCCAGAAUGAGCUGAAGCGGGUUCGUGAGACGGGCGCGACUUGUCGCAUUCGGGGCCAGGUCCUGGGUAUGCCGACUUUGGUGCAGUAUGAAGCGUUCCCGUACCAUCUCUUCGCGGACCGGGAGAAGACGUCGGUGGUACAGUGCGCGGACGCUGCUAUUAUCUCGAUGAAGCGCGUGAAGGGGUUUUCUCAUCUAUUAGGUCGCGAUAUCGACCCCGCCGAUCCGACUUGGAGUCCUGCGCUUGCGGAUGAGAAGGAUCUACGUGGUAUGCCACCGACGGCUAUUCUGGUUACUGGUUGGGAUCCGCUUAGAGAUGAGGGAUUAUGGUAUGCUCAGAAGUUGAAGAAUGCAGGUGUCCGCACAAGGGUGCAUAUAUUCCCCGGUCUACCUCACGCCUUCAACGCUUUCAUGCAGCUGCCUUCGCAUAAACGGUGGGGUGACGUCUUACUUGAAUGCAUACGCUGGGCUUCCGCUGGCGAAGAUGGGUGGGUCGUUGAGAAACCGGCGGUCAUGACAUCUCUUAUGGAGAGAGUCACCGCAGGGGCUAGUUCGUCAGCUGCGGUGAAGACUGAUUCCCCUUCUGAUGUCGCGGCACAAGCUGGGACUAGCCUUUGA